ACGGUUCGGGCAAUUGCACAGUCAGGGACAUCAAAACUUAGGAUAUUCAUCAUACGGGCCGAUGCAACCGGCGUUCAGACGGAGCUUAUUCAUCUCUCCAGUGGCUCUUGGUAAUCGACAAUCAUGUCGGCGUCUAUUACUUUCUACGACAUCCCCUCCAAGUUGCCUGUCAAUGCAUGGUCUCCUAAUACAUGGAAAGCCAGAUAUGCUCUCAACUUCAAGGGUAUUCCAUAUCGUACAGAAUGGAUCGAGUAUCCUGAUAUCGAAGAGCUAUACACGAAACUCAACAUUCCGGCCAGUGCUACCAAACGAGACGGUGUGACUCCCUACUAUACUCUCCCUCUGCUCCAUGACUCGUCGACCGGAGCCAUCAUAUCUGAGUCUGCCGCCAUUGUCGAGUACCUCGAGACGACCUAUCCUGAUACUCCUACACUUAUUCCUCGAGGAACAAGAGCACUACACGCUGCAUUCACAGCCGCCUUCGAAUCCCAAAUGAAGGCGAUAGCGCCGUUCUCAAUCCCCGCUGUCAACGCGAUGCUGAAUCCGCGCAGUGAAGCUUUCUUCAGGAAGACGAGGGAAGAGUCGUCUGGAGUGUCGAUAGAAGAUAUGAAUCCAGUUGGCGAACGUAGAGAGAAGCAAUUGGCAUUGUUGAAGCACGAUCUUGGGAAAGUGGAUAAGUGGAUGACGGCAGGAGACACGUUCGUUAUGGGAGAGACUCCUACGUUUGCGGAUGUGACGAUGUGUGCAUGGAUACUGUUUCUUCGAAUUGUUUUCGGGGAGGAUAGUCCUGAGUGGAAGGAUUUGUCGAGUUGGCAUGGUGGGCGAUGGGGUCAGUUGGUCGAGAGUUUCGAGAAAUACGAGGUUGUCGUAUAGAAACACUUUUGGCGUCUUUCCUCCCCUGGAACGCACCAAUGUUUGGUUCAUUUCUUUGUAUACGUUACGAAGGCUUCUGAUUAAGAACAACGGGUAAAUCUCAUAUUUACCUUUUAGCAUUAAAAUUGAUAAACCUGUGAUUUGGCCGCCUAAUCCGUC